CUCUCUCUCUCUCUCUCUCUCUCCUAUGGCCACCGCCCAGAACGGCACCGCCGCGAAGUCACUCUCGCCGCCGGACAAUGCCUCCGCCGAGACGGAGUUCGAGGCCGCCGCGCCGGAGAAGAGAUGGCCGGGGUGGCCCGGCGACUGCGUCUUCCGUCUCAUCGUGCCGGUGGGGAAAGUGGGAAGCAUCAUUGGGCGCAAGGGAGAGCUCAUAAAGAAGAUGUGCGAAGAAACUCGAUCCCGCAUUCGCGUUCUCGACGCUCCUCUCGCCACUCCUGAUCGAAUUGUACUUGUAUCAGGGAAGGAAGAGCUGGAGGCAGCUCUUUCCCCUGCAAUGGAUGCUGUAAUAAGGGUAUUCAAGCGAGUCUCUGGAUUAUCUGAAACUGAUGCUGAGAACAAAGAUUCUGCUGCUGGUCUUGCAUUUUCUUCAAUUCGUUUAUUGGUGGCAUCAACACAGGCUAUUAAUUUAAUUGGAAAGCAAGGCUCGUUAAUCAAAUCUAUUCAGGAGAGUACCGGUGCUUCUGUUAGAGUACUGUCAGGAGAUGAGGUGAAACUUUAUGCUACUGCGGAUGAGAGAAUUGUUGAAAUGCAAGGAGAAGCCUUCAAGGUCCUUAAAGCUCUAGAAGCAGUAGUUGGCCAUCUUAGGAAAUUUUUGGUUGAUCAUAGUGUUCUUCCCCUAUUUGAGAAAACUUACAAUGCGCCCAUCUCACAAGACCGUCAGGCAGAGACAUGGUCUGACAAAUCACUGCUGCAUACUACUUCACAAACUAGCAUUUUUGCUGAUAUUCCUCUUUCAACAAAAAGGGAUUCUAUCCUAGCUGACCGAGAAAGUCAAUUGGACUCAUUACUCCCUUCCUCCACUAUGUCUCUCUAUGGACAAGAAUCUUCACUUUCUGGUAUUCGUUCUUCAGCUCUUGGCCGUGUUGGUGCUCCUAUUGUUACUACGGUAAUACAAACAAUGCAAAUACCACUGUCGUAUGCGGAGGACAUAAUUGGUAUUCAGGGGGCUAAUAUUGAUUACAUUCGCCGCACUAGUGGAGCCAUAUUGACUGUGCAGGAGAGCAGGGUGCCUGAUGAAAUCAUCGUGGAAAUAAAAGGCACCUCAUCUCAGGUUCAAACAGCACAACAGUUGAUUCAGGAUGUUGUAAGCAAUCAUAACGAACCUGUCUCUAGCAGUUACGGCAGGCUAGAUGCAGGUCUGAGGUCUUCAUACUCUCAGUUGGGCCCUGCAUCACGCCUCUCAUCUUCCUUGCCCUCACAACCAUACACAGGUUAUGGAGCUUCUGGUUUAGGAGACUACAGUACAUUCAGGCUUUAAAAUGGUUUCCCUAUAUUCAAGGUACUCCAUUUGGACUGCUUUCUUUCUAAUUGGGUCUGAUUGGAGAGAAUUAAUGCUUUAAUACAUCAUGAAGCCUUAGAAAAUCUUGUUUUUAUGUAUUUGAUAUCAUCUUGUAUCGUGGGUAAUUUAGAGGUCUCAAAUAGUUGAGAAUUUUUAUAGAAAAUGUAAUGAAAUAUUAAUUAGCCAUUUUGAUGAUGUUUGUUUUUGUUAAGUGCGCAUGUGGAGCAUGUUGCAAUACCAAAUUUCGAUACUGUAUUAUUUGUUAGAUAUUUUAGAAGUUAAAGUCUCAUUAA